AUGGCGGUCAUGCACUGGCAGAGCUCGGAUUACCAUGACCUUUUGACUGUCAUGAGGAAAAGUGGCCUUUUUGAAAGUGCUUUUCCCCCCGCUCCUCCCGCAGACGCAUGCGGCCUGAGCGACCUGGCCCACAUCGAAGGCCUGCAGGAGAAGUCCCAGUGCGCCCUCGAGGAAUACUGCAGGACACAGUACCCGAACCAGCCCACCCGCUUCGGCAAGCUCCUCCUGCGGCUUCCCUCGCUGCGCACCGUCUCCUCCUCCGUGAUCGAGCAGCUGUUCUUCGUCAGGCUGGUCGGCAAGACGCCCAUCGAAACGCUUAUCAGGGACAUGCUGCUCUCCGGAUCGACCUUCAACUGGCCGUACAUGGGCAGCAUGUGACAGGCAGCUCUGGGCACGAAUCCCACCCUUCCUCCGGGGACCGUGCCCACGUCGGCUGCUUCUCACGCCCUCACCUCCGCCGCCCACGCCCUCACGUCCGUCGCCCACGGCCAGACCUCGGCGCACGCCCACACGCCCGUCUCCUCCUUCCAGCUGCCCACCCUCGCCACGGCCUUCCGGUGAUGAACCGCGGACGCCUCGCCGCCGCCGCCGCCCGCGCUCCCGCCCAAGCUCCACCGCGCCCCC